AUGGAAGAAUAUUGGUUGAGAAAGUUGAACGGUGGUCACAGGAAAAAAAGAGCGGAUUCGAUUGUUUGUUACGGUGAUUUGGGUUGUUUCGAAGACACCGGUCCUUUUGGUUACAUCGACAUGCUACCUUCUUCCCCCGAAGAAAUAUCAACGAAAUUUAAAUUAUAUUCUGAAAACAGUAGAGGAGAUGUACCGUUAAUGGAAGUUCCUUAUUCAAACAUGACUCAACUCUGGGCAUGGGCAUCCGAUAAUUUCAAUACCACCACUCCGACGAAAAUAAUCGUCCACGGUUUUGGAUCUUCUUGUAAUCACAUAUGGGUAUACGAAAUGAGAAGUGCCUUAAUGAGCGUGGAAGACUGCAACGUUAUUUGCGUCGAUUGGGAAGCAGGAGCACUCAUACCCAAUUACGUCAGAGCUGUCGCCAACACUAGGCUGGUGGGUAAACAAUUAGCUUUAUUCAUUCAGGGACUCACAGAACGUGGCCUUGCACUCGAUAAAGUCCACCUGAUAGGAUUUUCACUUGGAGCACACGUUGCUGGCUUUGCAGGAGCCGAAUUAAAAAAUAUCAGUCGAAUAACGGGUUUGGAUCCAGCCGGUCCCCUGUUUGAAAGUCAAGAUCCAAAAGCUAGACUCGAUGAAACGGAUGCUAAAUUUGUUGAUGUUAUUCAUUCGAAUGGAGAAAAUUUAAUACUCGGAGGUUUGGGAUCAUGGCAACCAAUGGGUCACGUUGAUUUUUAUCCAAACGGUGGAAGAAUGCAGAAAGGUUGUACUAACCUUUUCGUGGGUGCUGUUAGCGAUAUUAUCUGGUCUGCAAGCGAUAUUGAAGGUCGAUCACUUUGCAAUCAUCGUCGAGCUUAUAAAUUUUUCACGGAUUCAGUAUCUCCCCGGUGCCAUUUUCCAGCUUUCCCGUGUGAAUCUUAUAAAAAAUUUAUCGAUGGUGAAUGUUUUCCAUGCACUACGAAACAAGAAUGUGGUAACAUGGGUUAUUACGCAGAUAAAUCAUUGGCAAGAGGAUCAUUAUAUUUGGUUACAAGAGAAGAAGAACCGUUUUGUGCUCAUCAGUAUCACGUGAAAAUAGAAAGCUCACCGAAUAAAGUUCCAGUUGUAAAUUAUGGAAAAAUACAAAUAACGUUGAUUGGUGAAAAUUUAAUUAACGAAACUUUCACAUUGACAAAAAAGGACGACGAAGAAUUGGGCGUUGGCGAUAUACUAACAAGGAUAAUUGUACCUCAUCCUGCUUUGGAACCUCUCGCAAUAGAAAUCGUUUACAUAGCCUACAGCGGAUGGAUAUCGAGCGGAUUGAAAAAGUGGAACAUUGAUAAAAUCAAAUUGAGCGACAGUUACGGUAAAUAUUUGUCUCAUUGCAAAAAAGAUCUUGUCCUCGAAUCUAAAAUUCCAGUCACUUUAAAAUUAUUUCCUGGAGAUUGUAACAUACCGAAAGAACUUGAAAUACCAACAACAACCGAAGAAAUCGAUCCUUUUUUCUUAACGGAAUCAAAUAAAAAAAAUGAAAAUUUAACGAAAAAAGAUUCGGCGGGGGCGGCGACCACGACGACGACGACGACGUCGACAACAACAACAACAACAACAACCAUUUCUCCCCCUUCGACAACGACAAUCAAAACAAAUAAAUCUUCCGGUUUUGUCGUCGAUGGUUUUCCAGCAUACACGAGUAAUAAAGAUUUUUAUGACGUUUAUUCAAAAGAUUCAGAGAGUGCAGAAACAAAUAAAAUAAUUAUAGACGCCAUUGUACCAAAAUUAUCAACAAUCCAACAACAACAACAACAACAACAACAACCUUAUGAAAAAAAUUACACGAUGAAAAUAAUAAGGAAACACGAAAUAACAGAACCGGUUUUACAACCCAAAUCGAAGGGAAGAAGUUUUAAAGAUGAAAUCGACGAACCUGUUUUAAAACCCAUUGAAAAAGUUGAAAUAGUGGAAAGAACAACGAUUGGGAUUAACAGGAGGAUGUCGAAGAAAUCAGGGGGGGUCAAACCGAGGGGUAUCGAUUUGGAAACGUUAUCAUCACAAGAACAAACAAAUCACGUUUUUAAAGGAAAUUAUUCGAAAUUAUGGAGUCCCCCACGUGAAAUGCAUCCUCCGCCAUUAGGAUGGCAAAGUUUUUGGGGUCCGACAAAAGAACCGGAAACUACAAAUCACGUUAAAGAAUUUUAUCCACCCUUCAUGAGAUAUCAGAAAACGGAUUUUCCCCUACCUAUGACACUUCAAAGCAAGAUGGCGCAACGUGAUAAAUAUAAUAAAAAAUCAGAAGGUACGAAAUCAUUACAGAAAUUCUAUCCGUCUCAAAUCGAUAAUAAUUACAUGAAUUAUCCGGAUGAUAAUAAUAAAGAUGGUACGAUAACGGUUCAACUUUUUCCACAAUAUUUAGCCGCCAUAUUGAAACAAGCCGAACAUUAUGCGAAAGCGAAUUUUUUCAAUCCAUUGGAAUUGUUAAACAGAGACAAAACUAAAAAAUAUCAUCAGGUAAAUUAUCCGGAAAAGAAAAAUUAUACCGCGAAAUUAAAUGAACCGUUGAAAAAACAAACGGAACCUUUGGCAACACCGAGACAAUCAGAACAAACAAAUAAUAAUAAUAAUAAUAAUAAUAAUUUCCUACCGAAAAUCUACGAAUACAUUGAAAAAGGUUUAGAAAGCAUGAAAUCGUUAUUUGAUAUUUUUCAAAUUAAAGAAGACAUGGAAGAAUUUACAAAGGAAAACAAAACGGAAAAAUUUACAUUCGGUUUAAAUACGGAAUCAAAUAAUAAAGAUAUAAUUAAAAAUUCAACUUCCGGUUCCGUUAAUUAA